CAGUUUUAUAUUGUACGUGCUUCAUGUAAACCUGACGUUGCGGCCUCUUCUCAACGAUAUAUACUCUAGGUGCGCAUACAUUACUUUCGAGUUUAAAUAAGACGGCUCUUCCCUAGGCAGCUGUAGAUACAGCUAUACUCGGUUCCUGUGACACACGCGCUAAUUAGUGAAACGAGCAAUCAAACGGUUGCCAUUACCUGGACAUAACUGAACCGAUUAUCUACCGCACAAGAAAUGUAUUUGGUCCGGCCAUGGAGCAUGUUAGCUCUGACACUGUUAUACUUCAAACUGACAAAAGCGGAAUCGGAAGCUGAAAAUGACGCAGACGCAGACAGCAUUAGUCACAAUAGAGUGGCACGGGGGUUGAGCUCGUUUGUUCGCAUCGGGAAAGAUGGUGAAGAUCAUUCCGUGGACGGUCCGGCAAAAAGAUUGAGUUCUUUCAUGAGAAUAGGAAAAGCCUAUGACUCGUCAAAGGAGAAUGAAAAUGACCUCAUGGACGAAAAUAAGCGAUUAAGUUCUUUUAUGAGAAUAGGGAAAAGCUCUUAUGAGCCUCAAGAAGACAAACGUUUGAGCUCUUUCAUGAGGAUCGGUAAAAGUUCUGAUGAGCCAAUAGACAAGCGAUUAAGCUCUUUCAUGAGGAUCGGUAAAAGUUCUGAUGAGCCAAUAGAUAAGCGAUUAAGCUCUUUUAUGAGAAUUGGAAAGAGCGACGAUGGGUCCUACGCCAAACGAAUGAGCUCUUUCAUGAGAAUAGGCAAAAGCUUGGAUGACGAACCGCAGGAUAAGAGAAUGAGCUCAUUCAUGCGUAUAGGAAAAAGCUUGGCAGAAAAUGCUGUAGAUAAGAGAUUAAGCUCUUUCAUGAGAAUUGGUAAGAACUCCGAUGAACCAUUGGACAAGAGGAUGAGUUCGUUCAUGCGUAUCGGUAAAAGUGAUUAUAGCGAUCCAGAGGCAAAACGGAAGAGUUCAUUUAUGAGGAUUGGAAAAGGUUCAGAUGAAUCACUGAUGAAACGCUUGAGCUCAUUUAUGCGUAUCGGCAAAAGUAUGGAAAAUCCCGAAGAUAAACGGAUGAGUUCAUUCAUGCGUAUUGGAAAAAGUAUGGACAAUCCCGAAAACAAACGGAUGAGUUCAUUUAUGCGUAUAGGUAAAAGUAUGGACAAUCCCGAAGUCAAAAGAAUGAGUUCAUUCAUGCGUAUAGGCAAAAGUACUGGUGAUGAAAACGAAGCUUCAGAUGUUGACACCCAAAGUGAGGAGGAACAACCAGAAAAGAGGAUGAGCUCGUUCAUGCGCAUAGGACGAAGUGCUGACGAGAGUGGUGCUGACAUGAAAAGAGCCUUCAUACGCAUUGGAAAGAUCCCGACGUCGUCUUUUAUGAGAAUAGGGAGGCGACCUUACGUUAGAGUCGGACGUUUGGGACACUCGUCUUUCAUUAGAAUAGGAAAACGCGCCGACGACUCAGUAUAAAACGUCAUAUCCGCCGUCCAGAAAGGCUACUUCCUGUCGGAACAAACUCUUAACAGAAAGGACAAUUUUUCUAUAAAAAAAACCACUCGCCGAAUUUUUGUCAUAUUCAUGUCACCAUCUUUUCCGGAAUUCAUGGUUCUAUAGAAAAAUGGGUAUAGGAAUAAUUGUACACACAACUUAUCAAAAGCCGGAGCACAUCAAAAGCAAGACUGGGAUAUAUUUGGUGUUGUGUUUUGAGAAUACGCACGACAGUAUAUUGAACUGCAAAGUGUUGCAGCUAUGUACAUAACGUUAUAAUGUAUAUGCAUAGCGUCUAUGUUUGUUAGCCACAAGUGUUUUGACAGGAUAUAUAUUUUAAAAAGAAUGUCACUGAAUUACUUAAUAAUUAUAAAUUACUUCGACUGCCUUCAUUUAAAUACUGCAUAAGGUGUGUAGGCCAUGCUCGGUCUCAUAUGAAAGAACUACAACAUCCGUUACAGUGUCGAAUCUUGUUUGUAACUAGUGUGUGUUUCGUAGAAUGAUCCCUAACACUUAACCAAAAACUGUAAAAAGUUCUUAUAGAAUCAACACGGAAAUAUAUUCGAAAAUAUAUAGCCCACAUUAUGAAAUAAAUAUUGCAAGUCUUCUUUGUCGUACGCGGGCUCCAUCAAUUUGAUGUUUAUGCCCUCAAAACACCGUAGCGUUGUUUAUGUGAAUAUUCCAAAGGUAAAGAAAUAAAAUUAAUUAUUCGCUAAAACUCUUAUUGUACAGUGUGCACGGAGAAGUCGAAACAACUGUCUGUAAAAACACUGAAUUUGAUAUUUGCGAUAUUGUACGCAAAAAAUAAAGUCAAUCUUUCUCGCUUAAAUCAAUAGGACCUGUUGCGUCGUCAAAAGACAAUUUAAAAGAAGCUUAUCGAAAUCGCAAAAAAAAUUGUAUUAAUAAUAACAAUAACAUUUUUUUUAUUCAUGUCAUACCAGCGACGUAUAUACUACAUCUCAGGUCAUACUAAAAAGUUCAAACGGCAGUUUCCCUGUACAUUAAGAUAUAAAAUGAAACGUAUAAAAAUGAAUUUUAUAUUGACCCUUUUUCCUGUGACGACGCGGCAAGUUGGGGAAAAAUUAGGUCAGAAUGUGAUUACUACGUGUUUUGUUUAUAGUAGCAAACACUGAGAAUUGAACAUUAUUACAUAUAAACCACACGGACACUGUAGGUAUGUUUAAGUUCGUUUGAGCAAUAUUUAUAUGCAAUAAAAACAGGACAAAAACCAAACGUCAUGAUGAAAUUGACUGCAUGUUUGUAUAUAUACUUUAUGUGAUAAAGUCCGUCACUCAGCAGAGGAGCAAAGGGUUUGUUACAUGUUCAAAUUGUUGUUGAUUAAAAUAUCAUUUCUAA